AUGGCUCCUCUUAGGGAGCUUCCUCUUCCUUUUUGGCUUUUAACCUCCUUCGCAUGCUUGCUGCUGGUUUGUCAAUGCCGGGUUGGGUCGCUGUCGGUAGAGAGAUCCACGUACAUAGUCCACAUGGACAAGUCUGUCAUGCCCAAGCCCUUCACCAGCCACCACCACUGGUACUCCUCCACCGUCAAUUCCCUGAGGUCCGUGGGACAGGCAGCGUUAGAUGGCUCUCGUUUAAACCCGAGGCUCCUAUACUCUUACGACAACACCCUUCACGGUUUCAGUGCAGUCCUCUCCGUCGACGAACUAGAGGCUCUAAAGAAGUCCCGUGGCUUCGUCUCCGCUUACAGUGAUAAGGUUGUCACUCUUCACACCACACACACCACCGACUUCCUCUCCCUCAACCCCACUUCCGGACUCUGGCCUGUUUCUGGCUAUGGUGAGGACGCGAUCGUCGGAGUUGUUGACACCGGCGUUUGGCCGGAGAGCAAGAGCUUCGCGACGAGGGCAUGGGUAAAGUUCCAUCAAGGUGGAAAGGCGUGUGUGAGGUGGGAGAACAGUUCAAUUCCUCCUUGUGUAACUCGAAGUUAA